AUGAGUGUGCUUCAACGUCGUUCGGGGGGUGGAUCACGACUGUGUCGACUUCCGUCAAAAUCACAGGAACUCAACGAAGGUGGCAUGAGUUGCCCCAGUUCGCCAGCUGUCAAAAAGAUAUCGAAAGUCUUAUUAGGACUUUUAUUGCCCUGGGAGGCAACGGCUUUUCGUUUGGUUGUGGUCGGUGCAGCAAGAACAGGAAAAUCUUCAUUGGUUGGACGGUUUCUGGAUGCCGAUUUCGAAGACCGUUAUAUACCGACGAUUGAGAAUUUCUACAGGAAGCUGUACAAAAUAAAAAGUGAAGUCUAUCAGCUGGACAUCAUCGACUGCUCAGGGAAUGACCCGUUCCCAGCUGCACGUAAACUAAGCUAUAUCUCAGGUGAUAUGUUCUUGCUGGUCUCCUCAGUUGACAAUGCUGAUUCUGUGGCACACAUGCUUGAUAUCAGACAACAAAUCAGCGAUUGCAAAGCAUCGCGAGGAGCAGCUGGAGGAGGUGACACUCCAUGUGUAUUCGUCUUGAACAAAGCAGAUCUUCCCGAACACCGUUGGCAGACGACAGAAAAAGAGGUUGGCGAACAAAUUGAGCAAGUGACAGGCUCUCAAGAUGCGUUUGUGGUUUGUUCAGCGGCUAACAAUCUCAACAUUGACAAAGCGUUCGCCAAGUUGUUCACAUUGAACAAAUGUCCGAAACAUAUGAAUCCAGAAGUUCAUAAAAUGCUUCGGAACGAGCUCUCAGCUGACGUAGAAACUGGACGAAGACACAUUUUAAGACGCAUGAGGAGUCGUUUCUCAAGAGAACAAGAGGACUCUCUCGUAACGUACACGGAUCUGAACGCUCGUCGCCCAAGUCUUCGUACCGAUCUGCUUAUAAAUCGAGCUAAAACUUCAGUAAUUCAUCAACGUUUCAACAUCAAUGAGCAAUCACCGCAACGUGUUCGAAGGCAAGAAGGCGGUCGUUGUGUAAUUAUGUAA